CUGGCCAAGAAGUCGAGGCUGUUGUCGUCGCUAUAUGUAUGUAUGUAUUGUAGCAGGCUGGUAGUAUUAAGAGUUACCAGAUGUAACGGGUGGGUAGUACUUAUUAAGAGUUACCAUAUGAUUGUGAUGGAAUAAGUUAUCGAUAAGAUACCAUCCUUGGUAUAAUGACUUUUGAGAUUGACUAAGAAGAGAACGCAUGUGAAAAAGCUAAAAAGCAAAGAAUUAAAAUAAAGAAUACUACAGAAUUAUAAUAAAGACUACUACAAAUUCAGAAGUGGGAUCAAGAACAGAAAAAAUGGAUAUAGUUGGUGAUAAUUAUGCAAUGGCGGUAUUAAAAAAAUGGCUUGGCGAAUUGGGUUUGUCCACAAAAGGCACAAAAGCUGAGUUGCUGGUGCGUCUUAAUGCUGUACCAGCAGCAGAACGUGGAAAUGCACCAAGAGUGGACAAUUUGGAGGAUGAUCAUCUGGUGGCGGAGACAAGACGCGUAAUUCAAUCGCAACAAGCUGAAAUGUUUAAAGGAACAGAAGCGUUGGCAAAUUUGUACAAAGAAAUCGAGGCCGCUAAGAAUGUUCUGGAACAAUUACGCAUGCAUGGACGAAACCAAGAGUUAGAGGGAGACGACGAUACAUCAUGCCAAGACGUAGAAGAUGAUGCUCAAGGAAAUGCAAGUUGUGAAAUUCAGCGAAAUGUGGCAGCUGAAAAAAAUUUCGGUGACUGGGCAUCCAUGGCGUUUUCAUUGGCCAAAGAGAUUUUAAUGGAGUACGAUGGAAAUACACCAGUGCGAAAUUGGAUUGCUCAGUUUGACAAUAUUACACAAUUGCACAAGUUGAACGACAUGCAGCGACAAUUAUUAUGUAUUGCAAAGCUUAAAGGAAAAGCGUUGCAGUGGCUGCAUGCAGAUCCGGUACGUGUGGUGAAGCCUAUAAACCAAGUUUUGGAUCAACUGAAGGAGGCGUUUGGUGGAAAACUUCCGAGAAUUGAGCUACGUCGGAAAUUUGCUGGACGAAUGUGGAUAUCGGACGAAAAUUUCAGCGUAUACUUUGAGGACAAGUGCAUGUUGGCUCGAGAUUUGGAUAUGGACGACGAUGAGUUAUUAGAUGGCAUUAUCGAGGGAAUACCACAUGAAAAUCUACGCAUCCAGGCAAAACUACAGUGCUUUGAUAAUCCGGCGAAGAUGCGGCGAGCAUUUGCAGAUGUUGCCUUACCUAGGCAGAGUGGUUUGCUGAUGAAGUCGGAAGCAGCGAAGGGCAGAGAUAUAAAAGAAAAUUCUCGUUGCUUCAAUUGCAACUCCAAGGGACAUUGGGCACGAGAUUGCAGUAAGCCAAAGAGGAAGCCGGGAUCUUGCUACGGAUGUGGUGACGAAGGGCAUUUAAUGGCGCAGUGCCCGAAGAGGAAGGUGAAGACGGAGGACAGCGGCGUAAACAAUUUUAAUGCCUCAUAGACUCGGGCAGCCCUGUUUCGUUUAUUAAACAAAAAUGUAUUCCAACAAAUAUUAAAUUACACACACAUGAAGUGUUAUAUUUUGGAUUAAAUGAAAGCCAAUUAAAUGUAUUCGGAAAAAUAUUUUGUCACAUUUUCAAGAACAGUAAUAAAAUUAAUUUUGAUUUAAAA